UUACCUUCGCUGGAUGGACAUCACAUCUGAUCACAUGAUCAGCAGGGGGGCCAAUGACGACAGUUUAUUCAACAGUCUAUUCAAAGAUACAGAGACAAAAACAUUAAGUAAUCGGGAAUGUACCCUUGUCUCGGAAGGGAGAUGUGACUGUUUGAGAACCAAGUUUUGUUGUGGGCCGUUCGGACUACCCUCCCCUUCGGAUUCGACAGAUUCAUUCAAGGGAUUUCGGGAUGACGGAGAUCACGUUGCACAUUCCAUGAACGUUCGAGACUCUCAGUUUUUUGGUAACAGCGAGGAGGAGUUUUCGUCCCAUAGGACGUUCCGCUGUAAGGAGUGCGGAAAGGGAUUCAAACGCUCGUCUACCCUCAACACACAUAUGCUCAUCCACAGUGAUACCCGCCCAUACCCUUGUCAGUAUUGUGGCAAGCGGUUCCAUCAGAAGUCGGAUAUGAAGAAACACACCUAUAUACACACAGGUGAAAAGCCCCACAAAUGUUCUGUGUGUGGAAAGGCCUUUAGUCAGUCCUCAAACCUCAUCACACACACGCGCAAACAUACGGGUUUUAAACCUUUCACGUGCGAGCGAUGUGGGCGGAGCUUCCAGCGAAAGGUCGACAUGAGGCGCCAUCUGGAAACAAGUCAUCGUCUGAUUUAGGGCAGUAACAGCAGUGGUUUGUUAAAAUGACCGCUAAAAUACGAUUGUGAUUAAUAUUUCAACGCUACAGAGCAUUUACGUCACAACGAUUUCUUGUAUGACGGGCCUUCACGUGAUCAGUGACCUCAGAUUGAAGCGAAUCACCAUGAAAGUUGUAUGAAGUAAUGAAAUGAGUCGACAAUUGAGCCAUAAAGCUGACAGAUAAUGAGAAACAGAGCCGGUGGGGGGAUGGGGGGUACAGCGCCUACAAAUGAGUGACAACGCCGAACAUUCACGAGCCUAUCACGAGCCUUUCACGAGCACCAAUCAUGCUUCUCAAGUGUAGAAAGCAAGCCUAUUUACAGAAGCAUGUGGUUCAAAAUUUCUUUUUUUGUGCCAUGGAUGAGAUUGAAAACGGGAACAUACUAGACAAUAUAAGGUGUCUGAAUGUCAGCAGACAAUAAAAGGUGACUGAAUGUCAACAGACAAUAUAAGGUGUCUGAAUGUCAGUACACAAUGUAUGAACAUUAACGUCGAUCUAGAAAGACAGAUAGAACAUCAAUCUAGAAAGACAGAUAGAAGGUCAAUAUAGAAAGACAGAUAGAACGUUAACGUCAAUAUAGAAAGACAGAUAUAACGUUAACGUCAAUAUAGAAAGACAGAUAGAACGUCAAUAUAGAAAGACAGAUAGAACGUUAACGUCAAUAUAG